UUGUGGCGCCGCCCAAUCGAGAAGAGGAGGAGUGUUUCGAUGCUGCUUCCAAGUGCCGUGCAGGUUGCGAGCCUGGUCGAAUAGAUGACAGUAGAGUGCUCAAUUCAGCAGGUUCAAGGUUUCAAUACUUUUGCAGGAGCUGAAUCAGCAAUUUGGCGCUCCAGAUUUGCUCUGCUUUUUUCUUCUUUUAGUACUUUGAAAACACGUGUAAUUGUUUUGUUUCCACAGCCAAAGAAUUUCUUAUCCUUUUUGUUUUGUCGUUAUUUUCUCUUGUUUUUUUUCCCCUCCCUUUCGAGUGCAUCCAGGCAAUGAUCAGCCGUGGGCCUUUUAGAAUGUUUCCUGUACACCGAAUUGCCGCUCGAUAGGGAAUCGCAGGAGCACUCAGCAAUUGAUUGUGUGGAUGAACCGAAGUGGGAGUUGGAGUGGAGUUGGUAGUGCAGUGGCAGAUCUUAAUUAGUCUUGCGCAGAUUCCUCGCCCGUGAGAGGUUUAGGGUUGAUCUAGCGAAGGCGCUUUGGUCGAAAUCCGACCAAAAGUAAGUGUGCGGGUACAUUCACCAGCUGAGUGUGCAGGGAAAUCCCCGCAGUACGCUCUGUACCGAAUUUCUUAGCAUGUGCACCGUACUCGCUAUAAAUAACAUAUUGCAAUCGUUCAUCUCUUGCCUUCAAUUCCCUCCCCAAUGUGGAGUUAUUGCCAAAUUUAGCAGGAUCAGUGGGACCGGGCGAGCCAGAUCCCUGGUCGGGGGCUUUACUGGAACUGGGUUUUCCGAGGUUUGUCAAAAGCAUCCCUCUCCCAUCGAGGGUUUCUCUACUCUGCGGUGAUGGCGAUGAAACUUAUAGUUGUCAUUUCUGCUUGCUAACGAUCCGAUUUUCUCUAUUUGAUAUGCUUGAUCUGUACUUACUCUAUGUGGUUUCAGGGUAAUCAGUUUUAGUUUCUGAGUCGUCAACACCAUGACAACGCCACUGCAUAUAACGUGCUACUACGAUUUCAAGGCAUGGGUCAAGAAACACCAGCGAUCGCUGCUGGUUGCAGCUGGGCUGGUGGGAGGAGGAUCGGCAGUUUAUUACGGUCUCCAUUACCUAGGAUUGACUUCACAAGCACGAAAAGAAAGAGAUGCUGCACGAGCUGCAUUGUUGCAUAGGGAAGCUGAAGAACGUGCUGAAGCUCAGUUGCAGAGCCACUUUGAAAGCAUUCAGAGGAUAUCAGACACUACAACAUUACCGUCAGUAUUACCGCAGUUAAAAGCUAGCCUAUUCUCUAAGGUUGACCUUUCAGGAUUGACUGAGAAGCUGAUUCUAGGCAAAGAUGACCCUCAAGCAUUGAGUCAGAGGGAUAAGAUGCAGCUAUGGCAAGAACUGAAGACUCUAAGUUUCACUCGCACAGUGUGUGCAAUGUCAGCACUCAGUUUGCUGGACCUUUUCAUUCGAAUUCAACUUAACAUCUUGGGGAGACGUGUAUAUUUUGACACCGCUAGGGAUUUUAUGAACCCUGAGGAUUUGCAUGCGCCGUUGUCCAUGAGCGUCCAACACAAGUUUAUUGCUUUCGCUGGAUAUUUGCAUCACAAGGGUCUAGCUGCUCUCGUUGGAGACAUUUACAAGGCUGCAGAAAUUGAACUAAGAGGCAAACAAUUGAAGGAGUCUUUCACAUUAUACGAUCUUAAGAAUGUCUUCGUGAGAAUUCUAGCAACCUUGGAUAGCAAGAGACCAGCAUGGGUUCAAUAUGUUCUCCCGCCAGAUAAUGUUUUGCCAGAAGACUUGGCAGGUGCCUCUUCAGCUGCAGAUGCAUCAAAUCAAUUUGCUGAUGUGGCGACUAGCGACAAUGAGGUACUUGAUCAGCUCAUGAAUGAAACCAGGGCAGUUCUAGCAAGCAACGAGUUUCACGAAGUGCAAGCUGUCUGUCUGGAAGUUAUGUUGGAUGGAGUCAUGGAAGAGCUUUAUACAAUUUACAGAGGAUCUUCGGAUAGUGGUAUCCCUCUAGCGAAACUCCUUCCUCCUGUAGCAGGAGCUGGGUCUACUCUUUUGGAGCAUCCUGAUGAAAAUCGCUUUAUACGCAUAUUGGCGAGCUUACCACAAGUGCAUGCUUUUUGUGCCCUGGUGUAUACUAAUUCAAGCGAGGAGGCUGCGGCAUGAAUUGAGUUGUGCACUAUCAAUCGUGGUUUGUAUACAAACUGGUUCUAGGAUGUCACGCAAUUGUUAACAUCACAUGUUUUCACAACUUGCUCUGUUGUGAGUUAUUAAAGGGUUAUGUGAGAUGUUCAGAGUAAGUGUGUGUAUGUGUGUGUGGGCGCGCGCGCACACGCACGCACGAUCGCAAACAUAUAUUAACCUAAUGUAACCAAACUCAAUAUUAACGUACAUCUCCCUUCCGGAGAGCAGAGGUACGUGAUCAUAUUAUGUGAUUGUGACAUUAUGGAUUUUUUAAUGACAUGGUUUUUGAUCAACAGCCAAUAAGUUAAGGUGGAAUAAACUCGUUCAAGAUGAAUUACUAAAGGUUGGAGAAAGUUAUAAUGGACUUACUACAUUCUUUUAAGGGUCUUUCUGCCUGCAGUACACAUGUUGGACUUGCUCUGUUCAGCAGACAUCUCAAGUAUUGCCAGAAUUCGGAGCUGAAGAUAUGAAGUGAGACACCGAAGCACUCUUUAGCUGAGGCAUAGCUCCCUGGCCGAUUCAACAGAGGCAGUUCUGAAUUUUUUUGAAAAGCUUCAAAUAAGGUGUAGAAUAUAGCAUGGAAAUAAUAACCAAAUUUUAUUUUAUUUAUUUUUAAAAAAAAAAAACAUUAUUUGCACUUUAUGAGCAGAGUGCUACGUUGGGCAUGACAAUACCCAAGGUUCCCGUAUCCGACGCAAUCACAGACUCUUUAUUUGAGAUUCA